AUGUCAAGUUUGACCAGUAAAUUCGAAGGACUUUCUAUUAGCUCGCCACCUCUUGGGAAGGAGCAAUUGGCAUAUCAAGCACAGUGGACAUCGGUUUUAAAGACUGGGGAGGUGCGUGCGAAGUUGAAGGAGUUGAACUUGUUUCUUCGCGAUAGUACGUUUCUUGCCGCUACGGGGACGCCUGUUAAGUUAGAUGUGGAGUACUUUGAGGCUACGCUUCCUGUUAUUAAGGAGAUUGUGAAUUCUUCCAAGGAUGUUCAGGAGAACUGUGGGAAAUACAGACAUGUGAUUCGGUGGGUCUUGUUCUUACAGAAUUUGUUAGAAGUCGAGGAAAGUGAGAGGUUGGUUGUUCCUGAGGGUAUGGAAUUACCACGUGAGGUUAUUGAGAAGAAGAAGAAGGAGUUGGCUGGGAAGGGUUCGGCAGGAGCAACAGCGGGUGCGGAUAAAAAGGCAUCUUCCUCUGGGAAGCAGCAGCAGCCUCGGGGUAAGCCCGAUGAGGCUACAUUAGCGAAGUUGAGGGAGGAAGCGAAGGCCAAGAAGGCUGCCAAGAAGGCAGCUGCUGCAGAACAGCAAGGAAAGGCUGGUGAAGAAGCACCAGCAAAGAUUUAUCCAUCGGCAAUUGACUUCCGUGUUGGUUUUAUCCAGAAGGCCAUUAAGCACCCUGAUGCUGAUUCUCUAUAUGUUUCAACAAUUGAUGUUGGGGAAGCUGAGGGACCUAGAACUGUGUGUUCUGGUCUUGUAAAGAGCUAUCCUUUAGAAGCUAUGCAAGAGCGGUUCGUUGUUGUUGUCUGUAACUUGAAACCUGUGAAUAUGAGAGGUAUCAAAUCUGCUGCAAUGGUUCUUUGUGGAUCUAACGAAACGAAAGUUGAGCUUGUGGAGCCACCUGCUAAUAGCAAGCCUGGUGAUAAAGUCUUUUUUGAAGGAUUUGGUGAUGAGGAACCAUUAAAACAAUUAAACCCCAAAAAGAAAAUAUGGGAGCAGUUGCAACCCCAUUUUUCUACCAACGACGAGUUGGAGGUCAUUUUCCAAGAUGAACAAGACAAAGAUAUGCCUGUAAGAAAACUCACCAACUCUAAAGGCGAAACAUUUAAGGUUGCUUCAAUUGUUAAGGGUAGUGUUAAUUAA